GGGGUUGGUGGGGCCUGGUUGCCUUGGAGACGCGGCCUGGUUGCGGCUGCGGGAUCGUUAGCGUUUGUUUGUCCCAGUCCCCGUGCUCUCUCCCUCCCUCCCUCCCCGCCGCUGGCCGUGCGGUCAACCAUGUUCAUCUAUUUGAGCAAGAAGAUUGCUAUUCCUAAUAAUAAUCAGUUGAGAUGUGUUUCAUGGAAUAAAGACCAAGGAUUUAUUGCAUGUGGAGGGGAAGACGGCCUUUUAAAAGUGCUGAAACUUGAAACACAAACAGAUGAUACGAGAUUAAAGGGACUGGCUGCACCCAGUAACCUUUCCAUGAAUCAAACACUGGAAGGACACAGCGGUGCUGUACAAGUGGUGACUUGGAAUGAACAGUACCAGAAGUUGACAACUAGUGACCAGAAUGGUCUCAUUAUUGUGUGGAUGUUGUACAAAGGGUCUUGGUAUGAGGAAAUGAUUAAUAACAGAAACAAAUCUGUGGUUCGCAGUAUGAGCUGGAAUGCUGAUGGACAGAAAAUCUGUAUUGUGUAUGAAGAUGGUGCUGUCAUUGUGGGUUCAGUGGAUGGUAAUCGUAUUUGGGGUAAGGAAUUGAAGGGCCUCCAAUUAACUCAAGUUGCAUGGUCACCAGACAGCAAGAUUCUUAUAUUUGGCAUGGCAAAUGGAGAAAUACACAUAUAUGAUAGCCAAGGAAAUUUUAUUGUAAAGCUGGUGCUGCAGUGUCUUGCCAAUGUGACUGGUGCAGUCAGCAUUGUUGGUAUCCAUUGGUACUCAGGAACUGAGGGAUAUGUUGAACCAGACUGUCCCUGCUUAGCUAUCUGCUUAGACAAUGGUCGAUGUCAAAUAAUGCGUCAUGAGCAUGAUGAAAAUGCUGUCUUGAUUGAUACUGGUAUAAAUGUGGUUGGCAUUCAGUGGAACUACUGUGGUAGUGUAUUGGCUGUUGCUGGUUCCCAAGUAUCAGUUGGACAGGACAAGCAGAUCAAUGUUGUGCAAUUCUACACUCCAUUUGGUGAGCAUUUGCGCACAUUAAAAGUGUCUGGCAAGCAGAUGUAUGCAGUGUCAUGGGAAGGAGGAGGGCUGAGAAUUGCACUUGCUGUUGAUUCUUUUAUUUAUUUUGCCAACAUCAGACCGGAUUACAAGUGGGGUUAUUGCUCUAACACAGUAGUGUAUGCAUAUACCAGACCAGAUCGACUGGAAUACUGUGUAGUCUUUUGGGACACCAAGAACAAUGAAAAGUAUGUAAAGUACGUAAGGAGUCUGAUUUCAAUAACUACAUGCGGAGACUUUUGCAUUUUAGCAACCAAAGCUGAUGACAGUUCUCCGCAGGAUGAGAGUGAGAUGGAGUCUAUAGUUGCUAUGUAUGUUCUAGUAUUGUGUAAUUCCAUUGGAACACCCUUGGAUUCAAAAUAUAUUGACAUUGAUCCACUGUUUAUAGCUAUGACAAAAACACAUGUAAUUGUGGCCUCUAAGGAAGCAUUUUACAUCUGGCAAUAUCGUGUCGCCAAGAAACUCACAGCAAUGGAAAUCAACCAGGUCGCACGAACAAGGAAGGAGGGGCGGGAAAGAAUUUAUCACGUUGAUGAUGAAUCAUCAGUUGCAGGAGACAGUACUGUGGAUUUCAGCAAAACUUUGUCGACAACAAAGGAUGCUAUCUGCUGUAUCACUGCUUCUGACAAAAUAUUGAUUGUGGGUCGUGAAUCAGGGAAAAUUCAGAAAUAUAGUUUACCAAAUAUUAGUCUGUUACAAAAGUAUUUGUUCAACUACAGAAGUUACCAAUUAUCACUGAAUUGUAAUUCCAGCCGCCUUGCCAUCAUUGAUAUUGCAGGUGUUCUGACAUUUUUUGACCUUGAGACAAGAACAGUGGACAGUACAGGGCAGCAAGUAGUGGGCGAACAGCUAAAAUUUGAGCGUAAAGAUGUGUGGGAUAUGAAGUGGGCAAAUGACAACCCAGAUUUGUUUGCUAUGAUGGAGAAGACCAGAAUGUAUGUGUUUCGAAACUUGGAUCCUGAGGAACCAAUUCAAACAUCUGGGUAUAUAUGCAGUUUUGAAAAUUUGGAAAUCAAAUCUGUACUUUUGGAUGAAAUUUUGAAGGAGCCAAGCCAGCCCAACAAGGACUACAUCAUUAAUUUUGAAAUUCGUUCUCUACGUGAUAGCCGAAGCCUUAUAGAAACUGUUGGAAUUGAAGAUGCCUGUGCGUUCAUUGAAGAAAACCCUCACCCAAGACUUUGGCGCUUACUUGCAGAAGCUGCUCUACAGAGACUUGACCUUAAAACAGCAGAACAGGCAUUUGUCCGUUGUAAGGAUUACCAGGGGAUUGAGUUUGUAAAACGUCUAGGAAAUCUUCAAAGUGAAUCCAUGAAACAAGCGGAAGUUGCAGCAUAUUUUGGAAGAUUUGAGGAAGCUGAGAGAAUGUAUCUAAACAUGGAUAGAAGAGAUCUGGCUAUUGAUCUAAGGAUCAAGUUGGGAGAUUGGUUUCGAGUUUUGCAAUUGUUAAAAACUGGUUCCGGUGAUGCUGAUGAUGCUCUACUUGAGCAAGCCUAUAAUGCCAUUGGAGACUAUUUUGCCGAUCGUCAAAAGUGGAUGAAUGCUGUUCAGUACUAUGUUCAAGGCCGGAAUCAGGAGCGGCUGGCAGAGUGUUAUUACAUGCUUGAGGAUUAUGAAGGUUUGGAAAAACUGGCAAAUGCCCUACCAGAAAAUAACAAACUGCUUCCUGAUAUAGCCCACAUGUUUGUUACUGUGGGUAUGUGUGAGCAAGCUGUAGCUGCAUUCCUCAAAUGUAACCAAGCUAAAGCUGCAGUUGAGACCUGUAUACAUCUGAAUCAGUGGAAUAAAGCUGUUGAAUUGGCCAAGAAUCACAAUAUGAAAGAAAUUGGAUCCCUUUUGGCUAAGUAUGCAUCUCAUCUGUUGGAGAAGAAUAAAACUUUGGAAGCAAUUGAACUUUACCGAAAGGCCCAUCAUUUCCUUGAUGCUGCAAAGCUCAUGUUUAAGAUUGCUGAAGAAGAAGCAAAAAAGAGAACCAAGCCCUUACGUGUUAAGAAACUUUACGUGCUGGCAGCACUGCUUGUGGAAGAUUAUCAUGAGCAGAUAAAGAACACUCAGAGAGCAAAAUUGAAAGGCAGACGAUCAGAGGCUACAACAGCUCUAGCUGGGUUACUUGAAGAAGAUGCUUCUUUGUCAGAUAAUCGUAUUAUUGACAAUGCUUGGCGUGGGGCUGAGGCAUAUCACUUCUUCCUGCUUGCACAGCGUCAGCUUUACGAAGGCUACGUAGAUGCUGCAAUGAAAACUGCACUUCAUCUGCGGGACUAUGAAGACAUAAUUCCCUCAGUGGAGAUUUACUCUUUAUUGGCCCUCGCUGCCUGUGCAAAUCGGGCUUUUGGGACGUGUUCAAAAGCUUUUAUCAAGCUUGAAUCUUUAGACAUGCUGACUUCAGAACAGAGGCAACAAUAUGAAGACCUUGCCCUUGAGAUCUUCAUCAAGCACAGUCCUAAAGAUGGCAAGAAAUCCGAUUUGGACAGUCUCCCAGAAGGAGGAGAAGGGAAACUUCCAACUUGUGUUGUGACAGGUCGGCCAAUUGCAGACUACCAGUUCUGGAUGUGCGGUGUCUGUAAACAUUGUGCUCAUGAACAGGAUAUAAGCAACCAUAAUUUUUGUCCCCUGUGUCAUAAUCCUGUAGGAUAGAUCAGCAAAGACUAAAGUAAACUUUAUUUUAAAAAGCAGUAUUGGUUUAGAAAUGCCUGCUCAGAUUUAUUAUGGCAUUCAUAUAGUUGUUUGAAGAAUUGUCUGUAUUUUUGUAAUUUUCAGCCCCCUCCAAAGUCUCAUUGAACUAAUAUCACAAGGGAUGUUUGCAUUAUUUUCCAUUUCAGAAACAUACAGAUAUCAAAUAUUCCCAGUCAUUCAAAGUGUACUUAAGCAACAUGAAAUUUCUUUUACACCAGAGUGAAAGAUGGCUGAUAUACGUAUUAACUAGCAUCAAAUUUAUACUUUUUUAUUGAUAUGCAUCCAAUUCGCUUUCACCAAGAAUAUUAAUAACUUGCAGAUAGGAGAUGUUCAUCUUGUUAGUCUGGUUUGAAUUAAAGUCUAACUCUGAGAUAAAAACCAAAUGUAAUUUGUCUUUGUUUUAUAUUGCUGCAGCAUCUCUACAUCUCUGUUCCCCCAUUCAAAUUUUAUAGCUUGAAAAGGCUUUUCAUAUUGAUCCCUAUCUGGCUUCCUAAAGUCUAAGUUCUGUAAACUACAGUGUAUCUCAUACAUGAUUGGUUUAGUCGUCAUCCCCAGACGUGGUGAGUCACAAAGCUCCAGCAAAGAUCUUCUGCCACCAAGUAAUCCUGGAAAGCCUUUUCUCUUCAUCUUUACUUUUUUUCUUUAUCAUCAAAUACAUUAUGAAAUCUCUAUCUUGCUUCUUUAUCUUCAUUAAGAAUUAUUGCCUGUGUUGUCACAAACUAUGUAAAUCUUGAAGUUAUCUGCUGCUUCCCUCCUCUUAGCUAUCAACUCAGUUCUGACUCGUUUCUUUCCUAUUACCUCAACAACAGUGCUGCUUCAACUGCAGGCCAACCAACUUCUAGAGUCUCAUACGAACAUUGAUGACUGCCUUCUCUCAUUCACUUGCUCCCUUUCAAAAUCAUCAACAUCACACCUACUAAAGAUAAAACUCACGCACCUGAGUUCAUUGCUCCCUCAUGUUCAACCUUCCUUUUCUCUCACAUUGUUGAGCACAUUACCCAAAGCCAUGCCUAUCAUUUCCACAGAUCCAGGUUUGAAUGGCUCUAAGCAGGUUUAAGCAUCAUUUAUAGCCCAUUAUAAUUGCUAUAACCAAAAAUCACACAACUGUGACUACCUAUGUCUGAAAGAAUUAUAAAAUUUUACAGAAAGAGGUUAUUUAGUGCCUUUGCUGACUCUUAGACAAAACCAUGUAAUUCCCAUCAGUGUCUGCCCAAACUAUGCUUUAAAAAUAUAGGAAAUUAGAUGGAGUGCUCCAAAUUCUACUGUUUGUAAAAAAAAAAAAAUCUUCACCCAUCUCUAUAUUUUCUUUGGAAAUGAUUUGAAAGCAAUGACCUGUGAUCAUUGACUGCUCACAAGGGAAUAGUUUUACUCCAGCUACUCUACCUUGAAACCUCUAGGUAACAUCUGUUCCAAGUUAACAGUCUGAUCUUUCCCAGCAUAUCCUCAUAAUUCAACUCACUUUUCUGUGGUAGCAUUGUGAUAAAUCUUUUCUGUAUCCUUUUUAUAGAGUCACUGAAAGACAAGAGGUGUUCAGCUCAAUGACUUUGUGCCUCUCAGUAGAGUAAUCAAAUCAGUCCCAUUUCCUCACCUAUCUCCUUUCUCAGGCCUUUACAUCUUUUCUGAAAGGCAUGCCCAGAAUUGUCCACAAUACUCUGAUUAAGACUGAAAACAGAUUUAUAAAAUCAUGGAUGCUUUGCUUUUAUAUUCUACCCAAGUAGCCAUGAACUUUUAAACAUCUUAUCAACUUGCUGUGCCACUUUUAAGGAUUUACAUUUAUGUACACCAGCUUGUCUCUUCAUUUACAGUUUUUAAAAUCCUGACAUUUUAUUGUUACUAUCUUUCUGUAUUAGUCCAAAGUGAAUUACUUGGUAAUUUUCCACGUUGAACACCAUCAGCUAUACUUUAAUCCAUUUCAGUACUGUAAUCAUGAAGCCUGUAAUCAUGUGUCAUCACCGACUCCUUAGCCAAGUUUUAUAUCAUCUGCAAAACUUGUAACAUUGUUCCCUGCACUCAAGUUUAGGCCAUUUACAAAAAUUGCAAAACAUAAUAAACCCAAAAGUGCCCUUUGGAGAACACCAGUCAUUGCAAACAUGCAUCCACUACCCCCAUCCUUUGUUCUCACUGGGUCAAUUUCUUAUCCAAAUCGCUGAUUUUCCUUUAACAGCUUGGGCUCCUGGCUUCUUAAUAAGCUUCCUGUAUGAAACUUUAAGGCAUUCAGCAAAGCUAUUUUGUACAUAUUCUGCACUAUGAAUGUCUUUUGUUACCCCAUCAAGUUAAUAAGGCAUGUUUUGCCUUGAACAAAACCAUGUUGGUUCUCCUUGAUUAAUUUACGUCUUUCCAACUAAAAUUAUAUUUGUCCCUCUAAGUUUUUCAAUAAUGUCCUUAAUUAGAUUUAUUAGUCAGUCAUUUCCUGGUUUAUCCUUCUCUUUUACUUGAACCGAAUACUGGUAAAUGUUAGCAAUCCUCAGGAACUCUAUACUUUUAUCUCUAUUACGUUGCCCACAUCCUCACAUAACUCAGCUCAUUCUACAGCUGAAAUUUUCACCUCAGCCUUUCGAGAAGGCAUCAGAAAAAAUGCUGUAAAUUUUAGUCAUUUUAAAACUUUAAUUUCUGUGUCAUCUCAAUUGGUAUCCUGGUAUAGCCCAGAACUGAGAUUCUCAAGUCUCUUUAAAUGUCCUCUCCUCCUUUUAGGGCCCAUCUUCAAUCCACUACCUUUUGACUUGGGCCCAUAUUUUACACAUUUCUCCACAUUAAAAGAUGCAACAUAAAACAAUAGCAUUUUAUAACAGCAUAACAUUUGAUGAAUUUCCCUCAUAACUUUUCGAAAGAGAAUUACAUUAAUGAAUUUUGAACAAAGCUAAAACUUAUGCGCAUGACUUUUCUAUUAUAAGUAAUUUAUAGCAACUCAACUAUAGGCAGAGAAAUUGAUUAGUUGAUCAAAUUAUUCACAACAGUAGUUGGACAGAAAAAUCACAAAACUGAUUAUAUCUAGAAAUAUCCUUAUCUAUAAAUAUUAGCAGUUCACUUUAUUAGAGGGUACUUGUACAUCAUUUCAAUUGAGAUUAUUGACACUUGUUUUCUACAAAAUGGAGUAGUGAGAUCAUAAACAUUUGUGAUUUUUUUCCUCCUGUCAAUAGUCAUUGAUCAGGAGAAUGUAAAAAAAUGUGUACAUUAAGCUUUCAUUUAUCUUCUAUAAUCUGUACAAUUUAUUCUAUACAUAGCGCAGUCUGAAUCUUUAAAGUAGACAAUUUUUGUAUGAAUCAUAUUAUUUGGUACUUUGCCUUCCUUGUGUAUUUCAAUAAAACAAUGAAUUUACACUUGCAUAAAUGGAUUGUUUUUAAAUUAUUUAGAAGUGGAUCAAGGGAGAGGCUGAAUAGGCAGGGGCAAUUUUCCCUGGAGUGUC